AUGGCAACCUCACUGGCGAGUCAAGAAUCACGACCUCGUCAACUUUACAGCUAUGUCGCGCAACCGCAGUUGUACAGCAACCAUCACCACCCAGACCGCGAAAACAAACCAGAGGGACCUAUUUCGAUUGCAUUUACCCGGACAAGCCGUCGAAGCAUACACACCAACAACGACUUCGUCAAAGGCGUAGUCCACGUCAACGCAAGGUUGCAGGUCAAGAACGUCACCAUUAAGUUUAUCGGCAAGACAACAUGCCGAAUCUCCAACGACCGCAAUCCUACAAACCAACACGUUGUUGAGAUGGAACUGUUCUGCCGCGAACAAGAAUUGUUCAAGAGACCAAUGCCUAGUGCCUCUUGCCCUCCUUCACGCGUAGAGUACCUCUUCGAGUUUUGGUUCCCGGAAGCGGUGGAAGAAGCUCCUCAAACGGGGAACCACCCGAACUUCAAGGCAGACAGUAUUUUCGAACACGAGAGUGGUCAUAUGCUUCCACCAUCCUUCUGGUGGAAUGAAAGCACCAUCUGCAACGAGUACUUUCUGAGAGCAGAGUGUGUCGCGGAAUCGAUUUCAUUCACCCUAAACCCUGUCGUGAUACAUCAACUGCGCUUCAGCCCAUCAGUCCCGGAACAGAGCCUCCCAGCUUCGACUCCCCUCUUACCAGCGCCACCAUUAAGGCUAGAGCGCAAGUCUCAGCCGCAGUCGCAGUCUCCAGCUCCGUCGAAAGAGCGGCGUCUCUCGCUAAGACGGCUAACCACGGGCCUACGUGGCGGGGAUAAGAGCGAAGAUGCAUCAUGCACAUCUUUACUAGUACUCAGCGCGCCAUCCCGGUACCGCGUGGGUGCCAGUAGCAGGAUCAAGCUAUCACUUCAAGCAACAUUGAGCGAGGGUCUCGAUCAACCAGCACCCAUAUACCUCCGGGGUAUCCGCGCACAAGCCAUCGCACACAUCCGCUACCGCAUUCCCGUUGCCUCCCUACCCGAGGAAGAAAUACGUAAGGAGAGCAUUGAAAAGUUUGACCUCUUCAACCAGCGCUACGUCAAACCUGGCAUAGAGAUAACACCAGAAACUAUUCUGGACGGCUUCGAAAUCAACAAAAUUGUACCGCCAACUUUCAAGACAUAUGGUGUCGCAUUGACGUACGACGUCAAGUACAAUCUGUUGCUAGAUUGUGCGGGCAAAGAGUCGGAGCAUGAAGUAGAGAUGAAGGGCAUUGUCAUUGAGCCCAUGACGCGACCGGGCGGUCAUCUUGGUCCGCCGGAAGGUCCGCCACCUGCCAAUGGCUCAGAGGAGAGUUUUGCCAUGGAGGACAUGAUGCGAAAUGCGGGACAUAGUAACGGAACGGCCGGCGAUGAGCCACCACCGUAUGCCAGACAGAUGAGCUGA